UAAAUCGUAGUUCAGUUUAAAUUUUAGAAGAAAAUCGUUUGAAUUGAGAAUAUUAUUGGUAUGUGUAAAAACGUUUCGUAAUUCGUAUCACCCAGAAUUCUUUUGAAAUUCUAAGCAAAGUAAUUAAUUUCAUUACCAGUGAAAUAGAGCUGUAUUAUUACCGAUUAAUUUAACUAAUGAUAAAACAUAAUUCUAUUACAAGUAGUAAAAUUCAACUAAUGAUUAAGUGUGAUUGAUAACGAGAGGUGUUAGUUUAUUAUAAUAAAAAUCGAAAAAGUCGAGUAGAACGAGAUAUCCGCCAUUUGCAAGUUAAGUCUAACUAUUGAUUUCGUAUGGUUUUAAAGAAGUUAGUACCGUUCUGUGUGAAUAUAUUUUAUUUUAAGUUGAAAUAUAUUUAAAUCAGUAACUAAAUUCUGAAUUAUUAAAAAAUAAUCUCCUAUAAGUGAAACACGAUAUAAAACAAUAACAGAACAGAUUAUUUGGCUAUCAUAUUUUGAUGUCAAUAUACCAUUAUGAUUUAUAUUUAUAACUAAUAAUUUUUCAAAACUGUGUAAAAUAAAUUAUAUAUCAAGUUAAAUUUUAAUAUGAAAUAAUUCUAUGGCUAUAAAAAAUGAUGGAAGUGUACCCUACUUUACCAAAAUUUAUGGUGCAAGAAUGCCCGGAUGAAGAUGAUUUGACAGAUAUCGAUGAUGAAGUAUUUAUUAGAGAUGGGAAAAAUGGAGGAUUAAAAUUAGAUGAGGAUGGUGGAGUUAAACGGCCUUUAAUGGCACCACGUAAAAAAUAUAGAAAAUUGUGUAAAGUUGGAGUCAAUAGAUUCUUUUAUAAUACAAUUUUUAUAUCUAUUUGUUAUUGGUUCAUAGCAUUAAUAAUUCUAUUAUCCUUAAUUGCCCUUUGUAUGUAUGCUGCUAAUAUAUUUCCAUUGUCAUUUGCUACGUUUAAAAAAUGGAUAUCUCAUGAAUUAAAAUCUUCAAUAAGCAAAAUACAUAUAAUUCCAUGUACAUCAUUAUCAUCAAAGAUAAUAUGGAAAAGAACAAUAUCAAAAUUUACUUCAGAAGCUCCUUUAAGAAGCAAUGAUGUUAAUAAAGAUGGAAUUGAAGACAUUAUUAUUGGAUUCAGUACAGGUUUAAAUACAGAAAAUACUCCAGAAUGCUAUAAUUAUUUUGAAAAUCAAGUACCUUGUUUGGGUGGAAUAUUAGCAUUAGAUGGCCAAACAGGAAAUACACUUUGGAUUCAUUGGACUGUUUAUGCAAUUUUUUCAAUGGAUUGUGGACUGGAUAUAACAAAUGAUAAAAUUAAUGAUUGCAUUGCUUCAGGAGAAGGUGGAAUGCUUUAUGCAAUUAAUGGAAAAGAUGGAUUCAUUAUAUGGAAAAUAUCAAAUGAAGAACUAUCAUCAUCUGAGCAUUUAACAAUGUUUCAUAUAUAUAAUGCAAAAUUUAUACCUGAUAUUGAUGGGGAUGGUAUUGGUGAUGUUAUUGCAACAGGCACUAUUCAAUCUGACUUAUCACGUAGCAGCAGAAUUCUUAUUAUAUCAGCAAAAAAAGGACAUAUUCUACAUACCAUUAAUACCCCAAACAUAGAAUUAUUUUCUACUCCACAGACAAUUGUACAUCCAGAUGGUGAAAAUAUAUUUGUUUUAACUGCAAAUAAUCAAAUGCAAUCUGGUGCAUUGUAUAUAGCAUCUAGUACUAAUUUUAUGUAUGGCAAUUUAAAACUAAAGGAAUUGCACCAUAGUUCUGGUAAGGCAGCACUGUUACCUCCUGUUUUGGCAGACAUAACAAUGGAUGGAAUAGUAGACAUCAUUGCAUCUAUGUUUGAUUCUACUAUUAUAGCUUAUGAUGGAUUAACUUUUAACCCAAUAUGGAAUUACACUGUUCCUAAUUCUGAAAUACUAAGCAGUCCAAUACCUGGUUAUUACAAUGAUGAUGACAUACCAGAUUUUAUGGUAAAACAUAAAGUAGAAUCAGCAUUUCCUAAGUAUUAUUAUACUAUCUCUAUGAUCAUUGAUGGACAAACUGGACAACCUUUAUUAGAGAAACCAAUAGAAGAUACUUUAAAUAAACAGAUAUCAGGUUUAUCAGUUACUAUUGAUGGUUUUGGCAAUGAUUGGUUUUUACACUGGUCUGGUAAUUGUUUACAUAAUGAAAAUUUCAAAGAAUUUUCGAAAAACAAAAAUUUUCUAUCACAAACACAUACUGAUUUAUGUGAAAUAAAGUUUAACUCAACAUUAACUACAAAUUUAUUAGCUUUGAGUCAACAUGUUGGACCACCUGGUAUAAUUUUAUAUUCAUCGGAAGAAUAUAAAAUAUUAGAACUUAAUAAUUCUGUUGAUAUAGAAAAAGAAAUUGAUAAAUAUUUAGAGUCAUAUCAUGAUAUGGAUUCAAUAGACAUUGGUACUUCAAAAAUGUAUAAAAACUAUGACAAAGGAGUAAUAUUUAAGCAUAACAGAGAUGAGGAUAUACUUGAAGAAUCAACUAAUUAUCAUCAAAAACUUCCUGAAAUGACAUAUGAAAAUCAAGAACACUUUGAAGGAGAUAACAGAUUUGAUACUAAUUUUCAACUAAAUAACUUAGAAAAUGUAGAUACUGAGAAUUCUUUACAUCGUAAAAAUAAAUGGAUUACAAAUAAAAGCUUAGGAAAUAUAAAAGAAUAUGAUACAUUAUAUGAUAACAACAACAGUAAUGAUAAAGGAGAUGAUCAAAUUAUUGAUUAUUCACAAAUGGAUGAGUUAAGAGAGCAAUCUAGACAAGUGACUAAUAAUGAUACAACAAAUAGAGAUUCCGUAAUAAAUAAUAACAAUUUUUAUUAUUUGUUUUCUCCGACAGUUAGAAAGAAAAGAGUUAAACAAUCAAAUUACAUAUUAAAUAAAUCAAUGAAUUAUAAUAAACAAAGACAACGACCAAGUGGUAUACUAUUACCUUCUUUUGUAGAUUCAAAGAAAGGAAAUUCUAUAGAUUUGGUUUUCUCAACUUUUGGCUCACCAUUGUCAGAAACAUCUAUUACAUUGCUACAAGAAGAUUUAGAUUGUAUAUAUAAAAAAAAAAUAUUAUCUAAGAAUAGUAUGCAUCAUAGACAAAAUGCAGAUAUUAUUACAGAAUGUUUGAAUGAACGUAAUGAUAAUUAUAAUUUAUUUGAAAAAACAAUAAAACAAGACAAUAUUAAUAUUGCUCUUGGACAAAUGACAGUAUAUAGAAUGAAGUUAGAAUGUGUUUGUCCUGAAGAUAUGUUACCUAAUCAAGUAUGCAAAACCAUUGCAUCUAAGCAAAGUUGGCCAGAAUAUUUAGGAUCGUACGACAGUGGAUAUUUUAAACCAUUACAUAGAAAUAUUUAAAAUUUAUGAAAAAAUCAUUUUUUAUGUAACAUAAAAAUGAAUUAAAUUUUCUGAGAUAUUAUGGAACUUAAGUACAAGUAUUAAUGUGAAAAAUUUUAAUAUUUAUAUGAAGCGUUAAUCAGAAUAAUUAUUGUUUACAAGAAAUAUUGAAUCACAUGUUAUAGAACAUUUAAAGAAUUCACAUGUUAUAGAACAUUUAAUAGUAGAUGUGAUAAUAAGAUCUGAUGGUAGAUUUGCAUCUGAUUAUACUUAGUCGAACAUCAUGUGCCAUUAAAAUAUAAAGA